CCGAAAACAAAGCCAGAGGAACCUGUUCUGUCAAAACACUCAAAUCAUGGGAUCUUUUCCCUAAUCCUCCGUCGCAGCACACCCAAUGAUUUUCUUCAACGCUCCUAUUCGUAACGCUCGCCGUUUCCCCAAUUCUUCUCAUUUCUCUUCAUCGCACUUCGUAGUUACUCUUCUCUCACUCUCUCUCAUACUCACUUAGGGUUUUUCAGUUUUCACUCUUCCUUCUUUUCUACUUCUUCGCGAAAAUGGCGGCCACGCCUCCUUCGUUCUCUCCCUCUCGCACAACCUGCGCCUCUCUCCUCCGCGAAUUGCAGAUGAUAUGGGAUGAGAUUGGGGAGAGUGACAACGAUAGAGACAACACGCUUCUUCAACUGGAGCAAGAGUGCCUGGACAUUUAUCACCGGAGAGUCGAGGAGACGAGGAAGCACAAGGCUGACCUGUAUCAGUGGUUGGCUGAAGCUGAAGCGGAAGUAGCCAAUAUUGUUUCUUCCCUUGGAGAAUGUACCAUACUUCCACGGGGGAAAGGAACUCUGAAGCAGCAAAUAGCUACCAUUAGACCUGUCAUAGAGGACUUGAGGUCAAAGAAGGAUGACAGAAUCAAGGAAUUUUCGAAGAUAAAGUCUCAAAUUUCUCAUAUAUGUGCUGAAAUAGCAGGUUGUGGACAAUACAAUAGUGUCACAGAUUCAGAUAAUCAAAGUGACCUGACAACAAAGAAAUUGCGAGAACUCAAGUCGCAUCUCCAGGAGCUUCAGAAUGAAAAGAUCUUGCGCCAGCAGAAAGUGAAGAGUCAUAUUAGUACUAUUAGUGAGCUUACAGUAGUAAUGUCAAUGGAUUUUAGGGAGACACUAAAUGAAAUUCACCCAAGCUUGGGAGAUUCAUCGAAAGGUACGCUACAGAGCAUCAGCAAUGACACUCUUGCCAGAUUAACUGGGGUUAUUCAUUCAUUAAAGAGGGAGAAGCAAAAAAGGCUACAAAAGAUACAAGAGCUUGCUAAAUUGCUGGUAGAGCUAUGGGAACUUAUGGAGACACCAAUUGAAGAUCAGCAGGCCUUUAGCCAUGUUACUAGAUUAAUUUCAGCAUCAGUUGAUGAAGUGUCUACAGAAUGUUGCCUUUCUGCAGAAGUCAUUGAGCAGGUUGAAGUUGAAGUCCAGCGACUAAAUGUUGUGAAAGCCAGUAAGAUGAAGGAUUUAGUGUUUAAGAGGCAGAAUGAGCUUGAAGAAAUUUACAGAGGAGUUCACAUGGAUGUUGAUAGUGAAGCUGCCAGACAGAUUUUGACCAGCCUCAUCGAAUCUGGUAAUAUUGAUCUGUCUGAUUUGCUUCAAAGCAUGGAUGAUCAAAUAAGACAAGCCAAAGAGCAAGCUCUAAGCAGAAGAGAUAUCUUAGAUAGGGUAGAGAAAUGGAAAUUUGCAGCUGAGGAGGAAAAGUGGUUAGAUGAAUAUGAAAGGGAUGAAAACCGAUAUAGUGCAGUAAGAGGAGCACACAAAAAUUUGAAACGUGCUGAGAAAGCACGGAUUCUUGUCAGCAAGUUACCAUCUAUUGUUGAGAAUUUGACUGCAAAAGUAAAAGCAUGGGAAAUGGAAAAAGGAAUACCUUUCUUAUAUGAAAAGGUUCCAUUGUUACAUAACUUGGAUGAAUAUAUUGUACAACGGCAACUGAGAGAAGAAGAGAAGCGCAAAUAUCGGGAGCAGAAGAGGCUACAAGAACAACACGCUGUAGAGCAAGAGGCACUUUUUGGUUCAAGGUCUGCAACAAAAAAGCCUCUGGGUCAGAGCACUCAUGCUAACACCAUACUUGGGACACCAACUGGGCGUCGAAUGCUUUCGACGCCUUCUGGCCGCCAUGGAAACUCAGGAGGAAAGGACCGUAGAGAAAGUGGCAGAGUGAACAGCAUAAUUCCAGUGAACUAUGUUGCUCUUCCAAAAGAUGACUCUGUUUCUAGGGGGAAUUAAGGGCUGCCCUCUAAUUUGACUCGUGAAUCAGUCAGCUUUGAAAAUGCGCUUAUUCUACAAGCUCUAUUAUGUUUCCUUCUGAAACGUUAUGCAUUGUAAAUUUGGUAAAUGACAAAUGAAUGACCCAUUCUAGGCUUGAUAUAGAAGAUUGUACAAGUCACGGGCUAAAUAGAUUACAAAUAUAAAAAGAAGUCAUUCUUGUUCUUU